CACAGCUGUGGACUGUUGUGUCACAGCACUGCUGAAAAGACCCACGUAAGCAUUUCUGUAAAAUCAGAUCUUUCACAUCGCUUCACCCAGAAGAGCUUUAAAAUGGUUUCCAAAAAGGCGAUCAUCAUCGGUGGCGUUGCUGGCGUACCCCUGCUGCUCUUGGUUUGCCUUCUUUGUUUUGCAUUUAUUCCUCAAACAGGCCAGUUCAGAGCAACCUUCUUGGGAAGAUGUAGAGAGCUCGGAGGGACAAGUCAAGACUGUGAAAACAUUUUGUCUGUUUUUCAACAAACCUAUGAGGGGAAGAAGAGGAUCGACUUUUCUGAGGAGAACUACCAACCAUUCUUUGACAGAUUCCCCUUCACGCAUCCAUGUUACAGAACGAUGCUCUGGAGUGGAACAGAGGAUUUAGUCACGAAAUUCACAGAGAAGACGAACUCUUUCUACACGUUGGACAAGACCUCCGUACGGAAAUUGAUGAAAACGCUUAAAUGGUGUGGAAUGGAGGGCCAUAAGGGAACGUACACUUAUUUUUGCGAAAUUGCCAACCAGAAUCCUAUGAAGGCAUACUGGACAGCUGCCUCUGCCAGGUUUGCUAAAUACGCCUGUGAUAAAGUCACGGUGAUGCUUGAUGGAGAGAGAAAGGAGCCAUACCAUCCCAACAGUAUGUUUAGAAAAGUUGAGCUUCCAAGUCUUCGAUCUCCUCCUGAUGUGUGGCAAUUAAAAGUUGUUCUGGUCACUCAAACAAACAGGAAUCAGUGCGACAAGGAAUCACUCAACACUUUAAAAAAUGAUGUGGCACAGAAAGGAAUUACUUAUACUUGUCAGGAAGUGACUGAAUCACACAUUGAGGAGUGCAUAAGGCAGAACAACUUUGACUCCUGCUGGUGAAGGAUGACAUCCUCAUCAGCAUCGUGAGACAGGACAAAGAACAUCCAACUUUGUUUUGUUUUCAGUCCUUGAAGAUUUGUGGUAAUAAUGUGAUGAAAAAAUAAGAAAUCACUCUACCGUCUAACAGUUUUCAAGUUUGCAGAUAUUUAUGAACUGCUUUGAAAUAGGGUUGUACAGUACUGGAUUUUUGCUGAUAUUUCCAAUCUAAUUUUGGCCGUUGUGGAUAUUAAAACUGUGCUAAGAGAAGAUGAGUGACGUGGAGCUGAGAGAGGAGCAGGGCAGCAAACAGUCUGGUGGUUGUUUUAUGUUUGGGGCUUCAUUCAAGAUGUUCAGGUCUGAUGGUCGGCCUCGCCUCGCCAGUAGGGAUGGGGAUUGCUAAUUUUUAUUGACAUUGAUACCCUUAUCGAUACCCUUUAUUGAUCCGAGCCCUUAUUGAAACCACUAUCGAUACUUUUCUGUAGUUUGGUGGAAAAACAAAAUGGAGACAAAUAUUUACACUGGAAUAGUCUUACCUGAGUAGUGCUUGAGUUAAAAAGCUAUGAUUCAGUCUGUCACAUCUAUUUUAUACCCCUCAAAUAUAAACACAUUUUCAUAUCUACAACUGUAUUUAGUAAGGUUUCUCAUCAAAAACUAAACUUUUCCCAUUUUUAUGUGGCAUUUGAACACAUCAUAACAAAUAGAAUACAGUCCUCUAAUUUAGUGAGGUUACCUGAACGUGUCAUAUUUUCCAUUUUUCAGCUUGUUAAGUUUGCUAAUUAACUUUAAUUCUGCCGAUUCCACCACGGAUUUCUACACUGGAUUACUACUUUUAACAAACAGGACUGUCUCAAAGUUUUGGAGCACUUUUCAGCAUUUAUCUGAGCAGCUGAAGAAGAAAACUGUCCUGAAGCAGCUGAAGAGAGUGGUAUGACUGCAUGCGUCUCACAGGCGGCGUCUUCUUUCCUCAAGCUGACAGUAGAGGGCAGAAUCUGGUGAUGCACAAUACUGAUGUGCUUUUAGUUUACGUUCCAUUUGAAAGAACUGAUGUCUUUUUUUACAACAGUUAUAUCUUAAAAUGACGUUACGUCACAGAGCGUGUGAGACUUGAUAGCAGUAUUUAUAAGCUAAAACUUGAUUGAUUUUCGGGUAUUUCAAAAACACAGAACCUCGAUCCCCAUCCCUACUCUCCAGCGCCCCAGGCAGCCACCUACACCUGAUGGUGCAGUUGCAGCUUUGCCAAUAUUUAAGGCUGAUGUAUGAUUUAUACUGCGGGUAUGUACAGCCAGUAUACCUGCUGUAAAUAUGGGCAGAAAUUUAAACAUCUGCUGGUACCAACAUUUAAAUAUCUCUUCUCAGAUCUGAUCUAUUUGUUUUGUUCACACUGCAGUCAAACUCCAGAAGAUCAGAUGUGUGUCUGAUUCAGAACCAUCUAUGAAAGUGGCAAUCAUCUGAUUAGAGCAGACCAGAGUCAUUGCAAACAUACGCAGCUAUAGUCUCUGUAUAUAUAUGUCGUUAGCAGUGAUGUGUGGGAAAUUAUUUAUUUUUCAGUGAACAGUGAAAAUUGUUUUAAAGCUACUGUUUCAUGUUGCUUUUCUUAAUUGUGAUUGUGUACUUUACAGUUGAACAGAGGUGUUAGGAUUUGAUUGUUUUACCAGCACAAUAAAAAUAUCUCUGUUAUAAAUGUGAUCAUUAACCCUCUGGUGUCCCUACAAAUUGCUGCUUCA